AUUCCCCACAUAAUGCCAUAAAGUUGGAUCUCUUACAGUUGAUCACAUGAAGCAAUAUAUAUAUGACCACUCCAAGAUCCAAAUUUUCAUCUCUUCUCCCUCAAAAUCACUUCUUAAAAUGGGAUUUUCUUACUACUCUCCACUAAAACCCUUGAAGAAGUUCAUCUCCUCAAAUCUGAUGACGAGGCCAUCUCCUAGAAGAAGCAACGUUGAACACGACGAUAAUGAGUUCCGUCCAUCCCCUUCACUGGUGCUGCUUCCAGAUUACUUGACGAAUAAAUCCAUCCACAAAAAUCGUCUCCCGAUUGUCGAAUAUGCAACCUUGACGUCACACAAUGGAAAAGUAGAGGAUGAUUGUUGGUGUGCAGUUUGUUUGAGCAGAGUAGAGGCAUGGCAUAAUGUGAGGGAACUUGGGAAUUGCGAGCAUGCUUUUCAUGUCGAGUGCAUCGAUUCUUGGAUGGACCGUGGUGGCGAAACGUGCCCGGUGUGUCGAGCUCAGCUGGUCUCCGGCGAGGUGGGCCAAGGGAAAGAUCCAUGGAGGUCACAGAGAAUGGUCUACUUGUUUGGAGAGGAUUGCUUCAUGGAGGAGCUUCAAUGAGAUGUUUUUCAAACUACAAAUAUGUAAAUGUAAAAGCUCUCUCUUUGUAAAGCUCAAGAUCAAGGCAAUGUUUGAAAUGUCGGCACGAUUGCUUAUACAUAUAUUUAUCAACAAAUUCAAUUUAAAAUAUUAA